CCAAGAGAUCAUGGCGGAACAUCAGGAUCUGACUGUAGUUAUGAAUCAGAGUGAAAAGAAAGAAAAGGAACUCCACCUUGUCGUUGACUCUCUGUCGGGUUGUAAACACAAAAAUUGUGGUUAUAACGAUAACCUUGUUGUUGACGAUGAAAAAGUGUCGGAACACCAGCAUCUGAAGGCAGUUAUGAUGCAGACUGAUACGACGGAAGAGAAGCCUCAGUUGAUCGCUAACUUUCUGUCUGUUUUUAACGACAGUAGUUUCGAUUCUAAGGAUAAAAUUGCUUUUGAGGAUGAAAACAACAUUAUGGUACACACUGAUGAGACGGAAGAAGAACCUCAUUUGGUCUCUAACUUUCUGUCGUUUUAUAAGGAUAAAAUUGCUUUCGGGGAUGAAAACAACAUCAUGAUGCAGACUGGUUUGACGGAAGAAGAACCUCAUUUGGUCGCUAACUUUCCAUCGUUUUAUAAGAAUAAAAUUGCUGUCGAGGAUGGAAAGAACAGUAUGGUGCAGAAUGUUUCAACGGAAGAGGAGCCUCAUUUUAUGGCUAACUUUCUGUCGUUUUUUAAGGAGAACAUUGCUGUUGGGGAUGAAAACAUUAUUAUGGUUCACACUGAUGAGACGGGAGAGGAACCUCAUUAUAUCGCUAACUUUCUGUCGUUCUUUAACGAGAGAAGUUGCGAUUCUGAGGAUAAAAAUGCUGGUCAGGAUGAUGCUGGUGGGAAAGUUGAACACCGGGAUCGAUGCUUUCGCUUGUAUGAUAAAGUAUGGCGACCACAACAAAAACAAGUUAUUGACAAAGGCAGGGGCGAUAUCGUACCUUAAAGAA